AUGGGCGAAGCUGGAAGAGUACAGGGCGUAGGCCCGGUAGGUGAUGGGCGAGAGACGUGGAGGGCAGUUGACACUAUUGAUGCCGCAGCCAAGCAGCGUGGACAGAGUCUUGAGAUGGUCGUGGUUGUGGUUGGCGGUGGGAGUGGCGGAGCCCCGGAUGCCCUGGACGGCUUGGAGGUCGGCGUCCUUGAGACUGUCCCAGCCGGGGCAGUCGUCAUGUCGAGUGGAGAGGGCGGAUCCCAGUUGAGACAGCUGUGA